AUGACGAAUCGUUUGGUUGUUGUGCUCGGAUGUACUGGGACAGGGAAGAGUGACCUUGCAGUUUCUAUUGCGGAGAAUUUUAAUGGGGAAGUUAUAAAUGCAGAUUCGAUGCAGUUAUAUAAUGGUCUUGAUAUUGCUACGAAUAAGAUAACUGAGAAGGAGAUGGGUAAUGUGCGACAUCAUAUGCUUAGUUUUUUAGAACCGUCAUGUUCAAAUUUCACUGUUUUCAGGUUUCGUGAGGAAGUCCUGAAAAUUAUAAAAAAUCUCUGGGAUGAUAAUAAAUUACCAAUCCUUGUCGGUGGAACAUCGUAUUACGUAGAGUCUGUCAUAUAUGAAAAUUAUUUAAUUCCAACAGAUAAAGGCUACAGUAACAAACAGCUCGACAAUUUGUCAGAUGACGAGCUAUAUGAGUAUUUGAAGAAAAUUGACAGCGCUUUUGUUCAUAAAAAUAACCGAUUCCGUGUCAAACGAGCGAUUGAGAUAUAUGAGGCUACUGGAGUUACUAAAAGCGACCAUUUGGCCAAGCAGUUGCUAAAGUCGAAUUCUAGUUUAGGUGGUACUUUACGGUUUCCGUUUACAUUAGUAUUCUUCUUAGACGCUGAAAAGGAAAUACUCAAUAAACGGCUUGAAGCCAGAGUGGAUACAAUGGUAAAAAGAGGUCUACGCGAAGAAAUAGAGAAAUUUUAUGACAAGUAUUCGUCGGUGUUACCCACACACGGUAUUAAUCAAUCUAUCGCGCUAAAAGAAUUUCAAGAAUACCUCCGGCUGAAUGAAGAAGAAAGAAGAAGUUUAAGAGGUCAAAAACUAUUUGAGGAAGGAUGUGAGUUACUAAAAGUACAUACUCGGCAGUACUGUAGAAAGCAGCGAUCAUGGUAUGGCUUUUUCACAAUUGCAUGCAUUUAUAAUAUUAGAAGUGUUUCUUGGGACGCUCACUUGAAAGGUCGCAAACACAGGAAACUUUUGAAAAGAAAAGAAUGA